AUGGCUCGCAAGCGCACCAAGAAGAGAACCCAUCUGGGUGCUAGCAACCCUGAAGUUGACGCCCCGGGCCAUGCAUCGGCACGCGACCCCAAGAGCAUGGUCAUCCGAAUCGGCGCAGGCGAGGUCGGUUCCAGCAUCAGCCAGCUUGCCGCCGAUGUGCGCAGAGUCAUGGAGCCAGGCACAGCAAGUCGGUUAAAGGAGCGCAGAGGAAACAGGCUCAGAGAUUACGCCGCCAUGUGCGGACCAUUAGGUGUCACACAUCUGCUGCUCUUCUCCCGAUCUGAGAGCGGCAACACCAAUCUGAGAGUCGCGCUGGCACCGCGAGGACCUACGCUGAAUUUCCGUGUUGAAAACUACUCACUCUGCAAAGAUAUCCAGAGGUCACAGAAGCAUCCUCUAGGAGGCGGCAAGGAAUUCCUGACCCCCCCUCUGCUUGUGAUGAACAAUUUCACCCGCCCCGAUUCUGAUUCCAAUUCCAAAGUACCCAAGCACCUCGAAUCGCUCGCCACUACUGUCUUCCAAUCCCUCUUCCCGCCCAUCAACCCACAGACACAUCCUCUGAAGUCGAUACGACGAGUGCUUCUCCUGAACCGCGAGCAGUCCGAGACCGACGAUGGAACAUUCAUCGUCAACUUCCGACACUACGCCAUUACUACAAGGUCAACGGGUGUUUCAAAGUCGCUCCGUCGCAUCAAUGCGGCUGAGAAAUUCUUGUCAACCAAGACCAGCCGGAAAGGAAAGGUGCCCAACCUGGGCAAAUUAGAAGACAUCGCCGACUACAUGAUUGGUGGUGAAGGAGGGGAGGGAGGCUACAUGACGGACGCUACGAGCGGAAGUGAACUGGACACAGAUGCCGAGAUCGAGGUGGUCGAUUCCGCACCCCGCAAGGUCCUCUCAUCGCGUGCCCGGCAGGCCGCAGCCCGUGAGGCCGAGGGCGAGGAGGAGGAAAACGUGGAACGACGAGCUGUCAAGCUUGUUGAGCUGGGCCCACGUAUGAAGCUCCGGCUUACGAAGGUCGAGGAGGGACUGUGCUCAGGGAAGGUCAUGUGGCACGAGUAUGUUCACAAAUCUAAGGAGGAGCUCAAGGAGCUGGAGCAGCGGUGGGAGAAGCGCAGGCAGGAGAAGGAGGCCCGCAAGAAGGAACAAAAGGCCAACGUCGAGCGGAAGAAGGCAGAAAAGUCUGCCCGGGGCAAGAAGGGAGACGAUGAGGAUGAGGAGGAAGGAACCGGAAAAUACGGAGGGUAUGACUAUGACAGCGAAAUGGACGUGGAUGAAUUUGACAGCGAGGGCCUGGAAGGAGACGCCGAAUAUCUUGUAAACAAGAAGAUGGAGGAGGCCGGAGAGUGGGAAGAGGAGGCGGCCGAGAUUGCCGCCGGGCGAUAG